AUAAAUUUCUAGUAUUUUAAAAUUAAAUUUAAAAAAUACCCGUUAGAAAUUCAAAUAAAUUUAUCAUAGUCAACUGUAAACUUACUUGUUGGAUUGAAUAAUUUAGUGUUUUAAACAUGAUCGAUUAAUAACAACAGUACAAAGAAUUAGAAGAUCAGUUAAAUGGCAUUUAAUAUGGAACGUUUAUCAAGAAAAAGAAAUCUUUUUGCGUCUUAUGUGAAAUUUAUUUCAAUAUUUGUGCUUUUAGAAUUGUUAUUAAAUGUAAUUGGAAAUUGUAAUUGUGAAUAUACAUACAAUAGAAAUUCACAGCAAUCGAUAUCGAAGGAUAAUCGAAAAUCGUACAGAGAAAGUUUAUGUCCCCCAACAUUUAUACGAUUGUCCAAUAAAUGUUAUUAUUUAAGCGAUACCAGCGAAACAUGGUUGGAUGCGUUCUAUAAAUGUAAAGAUAAGAAAAGCGAAUUGGCAACAAUAAAUCAAGCAUUUGAAGAUCGGCAAUUGAAGAAAAUUUUACAACAAGGGAAAAGUAAUACUCGUUGGAUUGGUGGUAUAUUAAAUGGUGAAACCUGGUCUUGGGGGAAAACAGCAGAUUCUAUAACUUACAAUGGAUUUAUAAAAGCUUUGCCAAAUAUUACACAUGAUGGUAAAUUAUACUGUGUGGCAAUGGACGCCACGAAACGUUACAGAUGGACACCAGAAAAUUGUUUCAAUUCCAAUUAUUUCAUUUGUCAAAAAUUACAAAACCGUCGAAAAAAUAAUAAACCCAUACCAAUGCGUAAGUACAAUAAUAAUGGAAUAAGAAACGAAAAACGUCGUAAAACGAAACCAAAAAAAAUCAAUAAAAAUAUUAACAACUACGAAAUAAAUAACAACGUUAUCCCUGAAACACAAAAUGAUGUGGCGUAUACAAAUACCAAUAGCAACGCGUACGCAUACACAAAGAAACCACGUCAAAUGGUCAACUUAUUGAAGAGCGUAUCAAGACGAUGUCGAGAUAGAGAUGCGACAGUUUUAAAGCACAUCAACUCAACAUUAUCUGACGAUGAAUGUAUUGAAUUCUUCAUUGAACGAUGGCAACGUAGACAACGAAAAGCAAGGGAUAAUCGUACAAAACAAUUAUCAAGGGGGAAAGUUAAAACUAUCACACCAAAAACGUUAAUUCAAUAUCGAAAUAGUGAAUUACAUCCGGCACGUAUUGAAGAAACUCAUGACGUUUAUAUUCAUUGAAUUAUAAACAACAAUAUGUUUCCAUUGUAUCCUCGCUAUUAUUAAACUUUUGAUACUACAUAUUUAACGAAGAACAAUAAAUUAAGUUUAAUAUUUUUUUAUGUUGCUAUUUAAUAACAGAAAAUAUAAUAAUAUUCUCGAAGCUACGUCGAUGUAAUCAACUUUGUUUUCUGAAUCUUAGGCUAAAAACCGGAUGUAAAAAUAGAGCUAUUUAGUAAACAGAUAUAAUUUUUAGGAUAUAUAAUGUUCAUUGUGACUAUUAAACGUUGCUACUAGUUUAUAAGUUUUGGUUAUUAAAAUAUCUUUCUAAAUAUAUAAAAUUGCUUCUGUUCAUCUUCAACGUAGUUAUGGGAACUCUAAAAUAGUUUGUUUUAUAUGGUAAGUUAGUGGUUGACCUGCGCAAGUUAAGGCAUUUAAUUAGUAUGAAGAUAAAGAAAUAAGAAGUUCCCAUCUGCCACAUUUAUCGCAAUGAAGUGAAACCGAGAUUGAGCAUCCCCCAGCAAAUGAAUGAAGUUUUGGUAAAAUAAUUAUAAUAAGCUCUAAUAGUCUCAAUGAUUAUUGUACAUUUUGAAAAUUUUCUUUUUUACUAAUUGAUUAUUUACAAAAUACAAAGUCUCUUACCGAGGAUUUAUAAAUUCUACUCAAAAAAUAAACUGGUCACAUCUUACUAUGGUUUAAUUCUAAGUCAGAAUUGUAGAAAAAUAACAGCUCGUAAAAGAGUGGAGCGCAUUUAUAAAAAGAAGAAUUUUGCAGUAUAACGUAUCUACCUAUCUAUAUUUUUUACCUUUUACUCGCUUUUUUCCCUACUUUUCCUGAAAAUAGAUAUCAUCCUGUUUGGUACAAAACAGUUCCAUUUUUUUUACAGUCAGCUCUCUGACUAUUAGGAAUAUUAGACUUCCGUUGUAGACUUUUUGUAUAUUUUUAUUACUAUUUUAAUCUGUCAUUUUUGCAAUAAUAUUUAUAAUACCUAAUAAACUACAAACCCAUGCUAAAAUUUUCGGGUGAAAUGACUCACCAGGAAGCACCAUGGCAUUUAAGUACCAUGGCAUCAAUUUUGCGCGGUACAGGUGAGUACCGGUGAGAAUAUGAAUGUCACAUCCCGCCACUACUA